AUGAGGUCCUUCACACCUCUCCUCCUGUCUGCCACCCUUUGCGUCCCCGCCCUCGCGUCCUUCGCGCCCGCGCACGACCACCACGCCCGCCACCUUCACGCCAACCGCGAACUCCGGAAGCGUAACAUCGUCUCCGACUCGAGCGCGAUCGCAACCGAGUACGACUUCGUGAUCGUCGGCGGCGGCACCGCCGGCCUCGCCAUCGCCGCGCGACUCUCGGAGGACUCAAACACGACAGUGCUCGUCCUCGAAGCCGGAGACACCGGCGACGCCGUCGCGGACCAAGUCAAUAUCCCCGACAACGCGUACCUGAACGGGCUCACCAAGUCCUCAUAUGACUGGGGCCUGUCCACCGUGAACCAGGCGAACGCCCAGAACCGCGCGGUCUCGUGGCCGCGAGGGAAACUCCUCGGGGGCUCGUCCGCGGUGAACGGCAUGUUCUUCAUCCGCGGCGACCGCUCCGAGUACGACGCCUGGGCGCAGCUCGCGGGCGACGGCGGCGAGAAGUGGAACUGGGAGAGCAUGCUGGCCGUCAUGCAGGAGAGCGAGACGUACACGCCCCCGGAGGACGACGUGCGCGCGACGGCGAACAUCGUCGAGAGCUCCGUCUCCCGCGGCAAGAGCGGGCCCAUCCACGCCUCGUAUCCUGGUUUCAUGAUCCCCUCCGUUGGCAACUGGACGCAGACGCUGGGCAACAUCGGUGUCAAGGUCUCCGCGGAUGGCUACAGCGGCGACGGGUCUGGAGCGUACCUCGCGACGUCGGCGAUCAACCCGGAGACCUGGACGCGGUCGUAUUCGCGCUCAGGGUACAUCGACCCUCUGCCGGUCCGCUCGAACCUCGCCAUUCUCGCGGACGCGAUGGUCACUCGGGUGAUCUUCGACACCUCGAACAAGUCGAACCUGACCGCGACCGGCGUCGAGUUCGCCAAGGACGCGAGCUCGUCGAAGACGACGGUCAGCGUCCGCAAGGAGGUCAUCCUGACUGGUGGCACCGUGGGGAGCCCUGCGGUGCUCAUGCACAGCGGUGUUGGCCCGUCUGACGUUCUCCAGUCCGCGGGCGUUGACGUCCUCCUCGACCUCCCGGGCGUCGGCCAGCAUCUCCAGGACCACAUUUCGACGUACAUCUCCUUCCAAACCACGUCGGAGACGAUCCAGGGCCUCAUGACCGCGAACGCCUCGCUCUCCUCCGACGCCAAGUUCCGCUCGUUCGUCAACUCCGCGAUCGCCUACGUCAACGUCACUGACCUGCUCGGCGACUCGGCGACCGAGUUCCACCAGACGCAGUCGGACGCGCUUGCCUCCGCGCGCACGUCGCUCGUCCCUUCCUCGGACUCGACCGUCCAGGCCGGCUACGCCGCGAUCUACAACCAGACCCUAAACUCCUUCCUCCUCUCCACCGCCGGUCAGGUCGAGAUUCUCUACUCGACGAUGUUCGCCGGUGGGGUCGUGAUCCAGGCCGCGCUCCAGCACCCGUUCUCCCAGGGCCGGAUUUACAUCACCAACACGGACCCGUUCACCGCGCCCGCGAUCGACCCGCGCUACCUGUCGCACCCGGCCGACGUCGUCAUCCUCCGCGAGGGCCUCAAGCUCGCGCGCAAGAUCGCGCAGACGGCGCCGCUGAGCUCCGCCAUUGGCACCGAGAACGCGCCGACGGCGGCGAUCACGAGCGACGCGGACUGGGACGCAUACAUUGCGGGCUCGUUCGGGACGAGUACCACCCCGGCGGGUCUUGCUAGCGCCCGUGUACGGACCGCGGAGCAAGCGGCCAAGAUCAUCCGCGCGACAUACAACGGUGUCGGCUGGCCGUCGUCCGCGGUCUCCAACGGGCACUCCACGACCACGACUACCAAGGGCUCGAACAGCACCAACAACACCAACACCAAUGGCACCGGCACCGACGACGCGAAGAGUGGCGCCUCCGCGCCCGCCGUGGGCAGCGGCCCCGUGCUGCUCGCCGCCGCCGCCGCGGUUGCCGCGCUCUUCCUGUGA